AUGGGGGUCGAAGUAGAGAGUUUCAGUCCGGAUACCACCAUAGCCCCGGCUUUGGACCAUAGUAUUCCAGUCGAAGAAGAACUCCAAACCGAUGCCCCAGCUGUGAUUACAGAGACUUCAGAGCCUCCAGUGGCAGCAGAAGCGACAGAAGCAGCGACAGAAGCAGCGACAGAAGCAGCGACAGAAGCAACGGCGGAAACAGUAGCUACAGCAACAGUACCCGUGGAAGCCUCGUCGCCGACUCGAGGGAUCCCUCGCCUCGAAAAGAAAGAGUCCCGGCUCCCGCUCCCCGGCUCCCGUCUACCUCGAAAAUCCAGCAUCCCCACCUUAUCUUCUGAUAAUACCUCUCCGACACGAAGUAUUCCGGCACCAAAAGCAAGCAAACUCUCACUCGUCACCCCAAAGCUUGCGGCUAGUGGUCUACGCAAACCCUCUCCAAUUGCAUCACCAAUAAGAUCACCUGGCUUAUCACCAGGCCUUAAAUCACAGAGUUCAAGUGGGAGUCUUCGGUCACCCUUGACUCCUACACGGACAGGGCUCCCGCUCCCUAGAUCACCUAUUGGUGCGGGUACUGGGCAGCGGAGCGCUAGUGUUUCUACGGCUACACUUCCUAAGACACUACAGCGGCCUUCGUCGUAUAGUAAUUUAUUAGUUAAUAAGAAGGGAUCUGGGUUGCCUACACUUACCAGAUCACCGGUCAGGGAAUCGACGAGAUCGGUAUCUGUAUCUGGUGCUUCCGCCCCAGCUAGAGCUACUCCUCAACUGACCCAACCCAAACGGGCUACGCCUACCCCUGCUAAGAUACCAGCGAGUCGGAGGGUAGUUAGUACCGCAGUCACAACUGCUCCCGAGACCGCGUCCGCGAAAACCACAUCGACAGUCCGCGCCCCCAUACGAGUUCGCUCCUUCCAGGCACCUCUACAAUCCCUACAAUCCCAGGCGCCAAAACCACUGACCCCACGACUUGCAACCGUUUUCCCGAAAGCUGCGCCUGUUUCGACGACUCCAAAGCUUGCAGCGCCGGGAUCUAUCAAGGUUCCCAAACGUGCUCCCCGCUCUAGUAUUGCGCCGGUUGAAGAACCUGCAUCACAAGGCAAUAAGCAUGAGCGUGCUAUGGCAUCUUCGCAGGCACUUCGGGAGCAAAUCAAGGCGGCACGUGCCGCACGUCGAGAAUCUAAUGCUGCGAAUCUUGUCGGAAACGGUAAUGGUAACGGUAAUGGUAGCGGUAAUGGCGGUGACUGGCCUCAGAUUGUUAUCGCUGGGACAGACGAUAAGAAGCAGGGUAGCGAUGAUGAGGACGCCGAGCGUCCCGAAAAUGCCGAGGAAGAUGAAGAAUCGGAUUAUGAACACCCAUUCGGUGCCGAAUGGUCCCGCAAAAAGCCAGCGAAGCAAGAGGAGGAGACACCCAAGGGCCUCAGCAUCCGUCCCGGGGGUAUCUUGGAUCUCACGGCGAAAGAUAUGCAAGAAUUCACAGAGGAGACACUGGGUGGGACUGAUACUCUCAUGGUAAAAGUUCUGCUAUUGCAACGGAACUCGUUAACCAUGUUCUCCCCAUGUAUCAAGACAUUCAGAGGACUUUACACUCUUGAUUUGAGCUGCAAUAGCUUGAAAGGAGAGGAGUAUUUGAAUGUUGAGAUGGAGUUCCCGUACUUGAAGACUUUACUGCUGCAUACGAAUUACAUUGAAAGUUUGGCAGCGGUGGUCAAGUAUAUCGAAGCUCCACGGUUGAAUUACCUUGAUAUUCAUGCGAAUAAACUCAAAUCCUUCCCGGAUGAUUUGAGCAAGAGGUACGGAAGUCUUACGACGUUUGUGGCGAGUGAUAAUAAGAUCGAGACUGUGAGCGUGGAAGGGUUGGAGGGAAUACAGAUUGUGGAUCUGAUGAAUAAUAGUAUUGGACAGUUGCCACCUGAGUUGGGACUUUUAGAAGGGAAAGGAUUGAGGGAGUUGAGGGUUUUGGGGAAUUUGUUUAGAGUUCCGAGAAGGAACAUUGUGGAGAGAGGAACAGAAGCUAUUCUUGAGUGGUUGAGGGAGAGGAUCCCGGUUAGAGUUGAGGAAAUUGAAGACGAUGAUGAGGAGGAUGGGGAGAAGAAGGAGGAGGUUAAGGAUAUCAAAGAGGACGGGUGGGAUGUUGUAGGACGGGAUGAGGAAGCGUCUUCGGACUAA